AUGUCGCUCUACUCGUCUGCCCAAAAAGCCAAGCGCCGAACACAACACACUCGCCCAGAACUAUCCGAUGAACAAAAACAAGAAAUAAAAGAAGCCUUUGAGCUAUUCGAUACGGACAAGGACGGCGCAAUCGACUAUCAUGAGUUAAAAGUCGCGAUGCGUGCGCUCGGGUUCGAGCUGAAAAAGGCCGAAGUAUUGAAGAUUCUACGGGACCAUGACAAGACGGGACAUAACUUGAUGGAGUUUGAUGAUUUUGCGAAGAUCAUGAGCGAACGGAUACUCGCACGAGACCCGAUGGAAGAAAUUCGCCGGGCCUUCCAGCUCUUUGACGAUGAUGGAACCCACAAGAUCAGUAUAAGGAAUUUGAGGCGUGUGGCGAAAGAACUGGGCGAACAAUUGGAUGACGACGAAUUGCAAGCAAUGAUAGACGAGUUCGAUCUAGACCAAGACGGCGAGAUCAACGAACAGGAAUUCUUUGCCAUUAUGACAGACGACGCUUAG